CAGUGGGGAGCAGCAAUGGCCUGGCCGCCCGCUCCGUCGGGGCCACUGCGGGCUCCCUCCAGCGGGCUCGAGCCGUCUGUGCCCGACCAGGAGCGAGCGCACCGCACCGCGGCCGCUGACGUGCCCGCUUCCUCCGAUUCUCCCGAGCACGCUCCCCCCGCCCCCAGCAGUCCCGCAGCCCCGCUGGGGGGCGGGGGAGGAGGGAGGGGAGGGGAGGGGAGAAGAGGGGAGGGGAGGGGGCAGGAAAGGGAAGUGCCAGAGCCACCCCCGCCCGGCCCUCGCGGUCUCUCGGUCGCUCUGUCGGUCGGUCGCACCCCUGGCCCGCACCCGCUGCCGCCACUCUGCUCCGAGCAGCCUCUCGUUCCGGUCCGCCUCUCCUCAGUCCUCUCCGGCCCUGUCCCUCGGCAGCCACUCUCGGACCCUCAGCCGUCCCUGCAGUCCCGGCACCUGCGGCAGCCGGCAAGAGCCACAGGCUCGGCCGCGACCCCCGCCCCUCCUCGGCCCAGAGCAGCCGCUCCGCGGCGCGCCACGGGCAGCCCGAGCGAGCCAGGGAGAGAGCGAGCGAGCGAACGAAGCCUGCCCUGCGCGGCCCGCCCGAAGAUGCUGCCGCCGCCUCCACCUCCACGGGCGCGCCGGGCCGCAUUGCCGGCACUGCGGCUGCGGCUGCUGCUGCUGCUGCUGCUGCCGCCCGCCGGCCUCUGCGUUCCAGAUCUGACUAUUAAGGAAGAGUCCCUCAUAAAACCAGAGCUGAGCUUCUUAGGAGACCAAGUGGUGAUCCCGGCCGGCUCCCCCUUUGAUGUGACCUGCAGAGGCUCAGCCCCGCUGGUGUGGCACUGGAGCAACAGUUCAUCCAGUGGCUCCGUCCGCAUAGCUGAGCGCCCGUGCCCUGAUGACGCCCUCCUCUCGUGCAGUCAGCUCACCAUUUUCAGCACGGUGGCCAGCGAGACCGGCUACUUCACCUGUAGCUACAGGGACGUCUCUGAUUCGGAAGACCCCAGCUUCAUGACCAGGGUGUACGUCUACGUCAAAGAUGACAACCAGCCCUUCGUGGAAAGAUACUAUGAUGAGCCACUGGUGAUCACUGUGUUUUCUGGAGCCCAGGAGGUGAUCGUCCCCUGCCGGGUCACUUCCCCUGACCUGAAUGUCAAGCUGGCUCUGUUCACCUCGGCCAAGUUCAACUAUACAAGAAAGGACUGGAACCCCCAGAAAGGCUUCACGGUCAUUCGCCCAUCCUUCCAGUUCUUCAGCAGUCUGCUGCAGUGUGUGACAACAGUCAAUGGGAAGACCCACAUCUCCCUCUACCUGCCCCAGAAAGUGGAAACCAGAAGAGAGAAUAUCUCCAUCAGAGUCAAUCAGCGAAAACUGCUUGCAGGAGAAACCCUGAGCCUCUCCUGCAUGGCCGAGACCACCUACAAUGGGCGCAUCAAGCUUGACUGGGAGUAUAACAGGAAAGAGAACAAGGCAAAUCCCAGGUGCUGUGAAAUUAGGAAGAACAUGGACCAAAGGACCCCAGUGUAUAAAAUCUACAGUAACCUGACCAUCUGGAAUGUGUCCACAGAGGACAGUGGCCUCUACCGAUGUCAGGAAGGCAAUGGUUCCAGCAUCCAGGCGAGCGUCAACAUCACUGUGCUGGAGAAAGCCUAUAUCAAUGUGACCUACAGACGGAACGUGGCCUAUGAAGUGAUUGCUGGCCACAGUUCCCAGAAGCUGUCCGUGAGAGUGGAUGCCUUCCCUAGACCCAAUGUAACCUGGUACAAGGACGGCCAACUGAUCCUAGACAACCUCACGUACCAUUCGGACCCAUUAAGGUACAGACUCACCAUCAUGAAUGUGAAAGUGAAGCAUUCUGGGAAUUAUACCAUUGUCCUGAGUAACACCAAGCAUGGCCUCUAUGAAAGCCGAACCAUCCAACUACUUGUCUAUGAGAGACCCAAGAUCUUCGAGAAGGAGACAGAUCUGAACAAGACCCAGCCCGUGUUCCUGGGCAGCGAGCACGUCCUCCACUGUACGGCCAGCGGUGUGCCUCCCCCCACCUUCCACUGGGCCUGGGAACCCUGUGUCUCCGGCGAUGCUCUGUGCCAGGAACGAGGGAAGAGAGUCGAACUUUCUGAGGCUACCCUUGCUCAGGGCCGGUACCCCACCAGUCAAGUCCAGUCCAUUGAGGAGAUGGUGAUACGGCGCGGCGAUAGGAACCAGACCCUGAGUAUGCUCACCAUUGCUUCCAGCACAAUCUCCGGUGUUUACUUCUGCAUCGCCUGUAACAGGGUUGGCAGGGACGAGAGAGUCAUGAAGGUCUAUGUGUCAGACGUGCCAGGCCACUUGGAAACCCACCGUCAGGUGUUGGCGAUUGAGGGCCACGACGCACAGCUCACCUGUAGAGUGGCCAGAUACGUCUACGACGGCCUAGCUUGGUUCAAUCCAUUUGGGCAAAGGGUUCCAGCCUCAUCCACCGAGAGGCGAGUGAACAAGUACUCCAUCUCCUUGACACUGCUGAUUCGCAACGUGUCCCACCAGCAUGGAGGGCACUACAAGUGCAAGGCCUGGAACCAGAGGAACACCACAGCCGUGCUGGAGAGGUCGGCUUGGCUCCUUACCAGAGAAAAAGUUGCCCCUUUUGUCAUAGAGAACCUCACAGACCUGGUUGUAAAUAGCAGUGGCAAGAUUGUGCUACAGUGCAAAGUGGGGGGGACUCCAACACCUGGCAUCACCUGGCUGAAGAAUGGAAAUGCCAUCUUGCCAGCCUCAGGAAUCUCCUUGGAGAACAACACCCUGGUUAUUGAACGAGCUAAGAAGGAUGAUGAAGGGAUCUACAAGUGUAAAGCCACCAAUGAGAAAGGACAAGUCAGCACCUCGGCCCUUAUUACUGUGGCAGGUUCAGAGGAGCGCUCCAGUGUUGAGGUCAUCAUUCUUGUCUGUACUGGCCUGGCAGCCACCCUCUUCUGGCUCCUGUUGACCCUGGUCAUUCGAAAACUCAGAAAGCCCAAUGCCCCAGACAUCAAAACCGGAUAUCUCUCCAUCAUCAUGGACCCCGAAGAGGUACCUCUCGACCAACAGUGUGACCAGCUGCCCUACGAUAGCAGCAAAUGGGAAUUCCCCAGGGAUCGUUUACGGCUGGGGAAGACCCUGGGUCACGGUGCCUUUGGGAAGGUGGUGGAGGCAUCUGCCUUUGGGAUUGACAAAUCUUCAACCUGCAAAACAGUGGCAGUGAAAAUGCUGAAAGAAUGUGCAACCUCCAACGAGUGCAAGGCCCUGAUGUCAGAGCUCAAGAUUCUCAUCCACAUUGGCCACCACUUGAAUGUGGUCAACCUAUUGGGAGCCUGCACCAAGCCUGGAGGCCCUCUGAUGGUCAUCGUGGAGUUCUGCAAGUAUGGAAACCUAUCCAACUUCCUGCGAGGGAAGAGAGGAGACUUCGUUGCCUACAAGACCCAAGACUCAUCUGAACAAGGGGAGAAGAAAGCCGAAGAUUCUGACUGCGAUCUCACUGAACUCAUCAAGCGACGGCUGGAGAGCGUGGCCAGCACAGGGAGUUCUGCCAGCUCUGGGUUCAUUGAAGACAAGACCUACAGUGACUCGGAGGACGAAGAGGAAGACUCUGAAGAUGUGUCCAAACGACCUCUGACCCUGGAGGACCUGAUCUGCUACAGCUACCAAGUGGCCAAGGGCAUGGAGUUCCUUGCCUCCCGAAAAUGCAUCCACCGGGAUCUGGCUGCCCGAAACAUCCUCCUGACCGACAACAACGUGGUCAAGAUCUGUGACUUCGGCCUAGCCAGAGACAUCUACAAGGACCCUGACUAUGUCCGGAAAGGAGAUGCCCGGCUCCCGCUCAAAUGGAUGGCCCCUGAAGCUAUCUUUGAUAAGAUUUACACUACCCAGAGUGAUGUGUGGUCAUUUGGAGUUCUGCUGUGGGAGAUCUUCUCACUGGGUGCUUCCCCCUACCCAGGGGUGCAGAUAGAUGAGGACUUCUGCCUCCGGCUCAAGGAAGGCAGCCGGAUGAAAUCCCCCGAGUAUUCGACAGCAGAAAUCUAUGAGACCAUGCUCGACUGCUGGAAUGGCGAAUGUGCGGAGAGACCCACCUUCACGGAGCUGGUGGAGCGCCUCGGGGACCUCCUGCAGGCCAGCGUUCAGCAGGAAGGCAAAGACUACAUCCCCCUCAACGUGAUGGACAAAGAGCUGGACUUCGAGGCCAGCCCCAUGGAUGAGAAUCUGAGCAAUGGGCCUAAGUUCCCGAACACCAAGGAGGACAGCAUCAACGGGCUCCAGAUGCCUCCCCUGAGCACCAAGACUUCCAGCGAGGGCUCUGUGGAACCCAAAAAGAUGAGGCCCGAGGACAACAAGGCAGAGAUCCGGAUGGAGCUGCCCCCAGUGAAGCGCCUGGAGACUCGAUCCUGGCCAUAUGGACUCAUGGCAUUAGCCCUGAGAGCAACCAGCAGAAGCAAGGAGUCUGUGCUGCUGUCCGAGGAGAAGGAGGCUUUGAAGCCGCAGCCACCCGACCAGCUGGAUGAGGAUGACCCUCUGGCCUUCGCCCUGGAGGACUCUGUCCUCCUGCCGCUGGAUCCGGGCCUUGAGUGCCACAGCCCACCCCCUGACUACAACUCUGUGGUCCACUACUCCGACUCUCUAGUGUAAUCCCUGGCCAGGCUUUUUCCUCCACCCAGCUCCUCCCCACCUCACUUCUGGCACCUGCCAUCUCCCCUCCUACCCUCCACUUGCCCCGCUCCCAAGAGUCAAUCCACAAGUGCCUCUAACAUCUAUACUGUCAGAGCAGCAGGCUGUCCAAGAAGGAAUGGGAUGGGGGGACGUGGCGAGCAAAGUCUCUGCCCUUCCUCCGGGGCCCCCACUGCCCAGACCAUACUCCCAAGCAGACACCGGCUGUUACAAAGCCCCCUCCCCACUUCCAGACCCCUGCGUGCUUCCCCAGCAUGACUUCUUAGCGUGUCACACUCCCAGAGCUCCUUUGGGUCCCCACGGGUGUGUGUCUGUGUGUGUGUGUGUAGUGUGUGUGUGUGUGUGUAGACAAAUGACCCCCCCAUCUAGGCUGGGCGCAGCCUGCAGGCACACUCCAGCUGCCAGGGAGAGGGCCAGCACUAAGCCCGUCUCUCCUGCUUCACCCUCUAAUGAUGACCAGGCCCCUGAAUGCUCGGAGACUUCCCGAAAUGAAUCUCUCCUUGGAGAAGUGAUUGUUCUUCCCGCUCAGGGGGACAAGGCAGCCCUGGGCUCACCCCAAG